GCGGCUCGCCAACUAGAUCAGAUUUCAGGAGAUUGAUAGAGAGAGACAUUUGGGGMUGUUGCACAUUUCUUUUUAGAUAAAUGUGAAGAAAUGACCUGAGGCUGGGAAAAAGUAAGAGGACCGAAAGUAAGAAGAGCAGCUGAAGAAACUACCCYAAGGAUGGAGAUACAGAAAGCUGAAUUAUCAUUUGGAUAGCUCCRACCAAAAAGCUUUACACCUGCUUUGCACUCAGAAGGAACUCGGCCUAAAAGUUCUGGUGCGGUUCAUCUGGGUUAGAACAGGCAAAACCUCCUCAAAACAAAGGAGCGGGAAUGGAAUCGAGCGAGAAUGGAGUCUGAGGACACUUUGUGCCUUUUGCUGAAGAUGAUGGAGUGGAAAUCUUCAGUUUUUGAGUAGCUGAAGUDGCAGAUCCAGAAAGAAUGCCUCAGUUUGGUUAGUGGGAAYGCUGGGAACCAAGAUCAGAUCUUACAGUUCUGGAGCCUGGAGUAUGACAGGUGUAUAAAAAGGGACUGGAUUCACUCACAGAUCUCCCGCCCUGCUGCCUAAAUGAGGCACUAAAAUGCAGCUUUGCCAGGGAUCAAGCUGUGAGGGGCCUUGAUCACAGACUUGGACUCCAGGCCUGCCCUUCUCCUCGAGCUCUGCAGCUGGAGGGGACGUCAAGAGYAUGAGUGUGGGACGAAUCAACCGCUACAGCAUUGUGUCGUCCGAGGAAGAGGGGCUCCGCCUCACUACCAUGCAUGGCAUGAACGGCUUUGGCAAUGGCAAGAUCCACACGCGCCGAAAGUGCCGCAACCGCUUCGUGACCAAGAACGGCCAGUGCAAUGUGCAGUUCGCCAACAUGGACGACAAGUCACAGCGUUACAUGGCUGACAUCUUCACCACGUGUGUUGAUAUUCGCUGGCGAUGGAUGCUGGUAGUCUUCACUCUUGUCUUUGUUCUCUCCUGGCUGGCCUUCGGGGUGGCGUUUUGGGUCAUUGCUUUGCUUCAUGGAGAUCUGGAUAACCCAGCUGGGGAUGAUAACUUCACUCCCUGCGUCCUACAGGUCAAUGGAUUUGUGGCUGCCUUUCUAUUCUCCAUUGAAACACAGUCUACUAUAGGUUACGGCUACCGCUGCGUGACUGAGGAGUGCCCGGUGGCGGUCUUCAUGGUGGUCUUUCAGUCGAUUGUGGGCUGUAUCAUCGAUUGUUUUAUGAUUGGCGCAAUCAUGGCUAAAAUGGCGAGACCUAAAAAGCGAGCACAGACACUCUUGUUUAGCCACAACGCUGUCAUCGCCAUGCGGGACGGAAAGCUGUGUCUCAUGUGGAGGGUUGGGAAUCUUCGUAAAAGUCACAUCGUCGAGGCCCACGUCAGAGCACAGCUCAUCAAACCUCGAAUAACUGAUGAAGGGGAAUAUAUUCCUCUGGACCAGAUAGACAUUAAUGUCGGGUUUGACAAAGGAUUGGACCGGAUUUUCUUAGUUUCACCUAUAACAAUUCUCCAUGAGAUAGAUGAGGAGAGCCCUCUGUUUGGGAUCAGCAAACAGGACUUGGAGUCCGCAGACUUUGAGAUCGUCGUCAUCCUGGAAGGGAUGGUCGAAGCAACCGCCAUGACCACGCAGGCUCGCAGCUCCUACCUGGCUUCUGAGAUCCUUUGGGGUCACAGGUUUGAGCCGGUCCUGUUCGAGGAGAAGAACCUSUACAAGGUGGAUUAUUCUCACUUUCACAAAACCUAUGAGGUCCCAUCCACUCCACGCUGCAGUGCCAAGGAAAUGGUGGARAACAAGUUCUUAGUCCCCAAUUCUAAUACCUUCUGCUAUGAGAACGAGCUGGCCUUCCUCAAUCGGGACGAGGAGGAGGAGGAGGAAGAGGAGGAUCUAGGUGGCGGGAGCAGGGCGUUGGCAAAUCUCAGUCCUGACAGAAACAGCCGACACGAGUUUGAACGCUUACAGGCCACCAGGGCGAUGGAUCAAAGAUCGUAUCGAAGAGAGUCGGAAAUAUGACCCUCGACCAGCUGACUGAGUGUCAGAUACAAAUAACUGUAUUCAAGGGUAAAAUGCAGAACAAUGCAAAGUGCCAUAGGAAGAAAACAGAAAAUAAGCUUGAAGGCACAGUGUGUAGGAUUUGUUGUUUUCAGCGUC